CCCAGGUUACAGACGGCAGCCUUGAGAUACUGAAUGAAAGUUCUAGAUUCUAUUUUUGUGGUUUAAACCCCACCCCCUCUGCGUGGUUCUCCAAGAACCUUGCUGCCCCCACCCCAAAGGAUUAAAGCCUUGGAAUAGCACCGAAUUGUGCUAAAACUACUGUCUUAACCAUUUAGAAUCCAAUGUGGGGGUUUUUUUGGGGGGGAGAGGUUUAUGGCAUCCACCUACCAAAAUCAUAGCUUCAUGAAGAUUUCAUAACCUUGUCUCUGCACCUUGGCACCUGCUGAUAUGAAAAACAGCAGAAAAUAUGAUUUCGAAUGUUGCAUCGUCACACAAGGAAAAAAGCGCAAGUAAGAAAAACCGGGCUUAUUUUUGUUGAUGACAACAUCCAAGCAUUUUUGGAAACCUGCAUGGGGAAAUAAGCCUUGCUGAAAACAACGGCCGCAGCGCAGCGUAGUCGGGGUUCGCCGCAGUGUGGCAGCGCGCCUUUAACUCGGCGUAACCUCCGCGUCCGGGCCCCGCGUCCCGGGCCCCGCGGCUCGGCCGGGGCGGCGCAUCGCCCCCUCCAUUCCUCCCGCGCAGCGCGCAUUGUUGUCCUUUAGCGAUUGGUCGUUGGACCAGAAACAGCUGUGCAGAGCCGAGCGGUGUAAAGGGGCCGUGGACCUGAACGCAGGUCGUCAGGCUGGUAGUGACUGACACAGGGGACUCGAGAGAGAGAGAGAAGAAGAGCCAGAGUCGUCCCCACCGCGUUCUCCAGGCGGCGUGGACCAGGUGCCCGGGGGGUUUGCGGCUGUCCGAGGAGCUCUGGGUGGCACCCCCUCCCCGUCUCUAACUGACUUCGGGGUUGGCGCAGGUGGGCGAGACAGGGCACCGCAGAUCGUCUUGUUCCCACCGACCAUUUCUAUCCCCUUCUGCGAAGGGGAGGCGCCAUCCUAAAAAUAUGUAAAUAUUCAAGCGCCGACUCCGGACUGGGGCACCAGCCAAGGUCCCAGAGCCGCCGCGGGCUGUUUUACAUGAAAAUGAGAAGCCUGACAGGAUCCGUGCUCUAACUUAAGGCAGCUCGGUGAUUAGCAUGAGGCUGGGCGGCUUUCCGGCUUCCUGUCCUUCAAUAGCCGCUCUGCGCGCUCGCGACUGAGCAGCGGUGCCACCGUGCGGGUGUCGAUUGGCAGGCUCCGCAUCCUUGGCAGCCAUGGCUCCCGUCACCGCCGCGGCCAGUAAGUAGGAGCAUGCAUGUGUAGGGGGGGCACAUGCGUGUCGGUGCGCGCGCACACACACAUCCACGCACACACGCACAGCACCGCGAGCCUCGGAAGGAAGAAGAUCGAAGAGGCGCUGCAGUCGCGAGGACAACUCGGGCUCUUCCUGGAUUCGGCAGGAGCCCGCCUGCCGCAGCUGCUGACUGCAGAGCCUGCUCGGAUCCCGUGCACACGCGCCCCCCAUCCGAGCCUCUGUAAUGAAGACUGCCUCCCAAGGACUGCAGGGGAGGCAGAGCCAGCCUGCGCCGGGGAUUGCGGGCCGCGCGGCUGAUAGGCCAAGGGGGACACGACUUGGACACUGUCAUCCCCACGCCUCGCUCUGAACCGCCCAGUGCAGAGAGGGUCUCCGGGUCAGCUCCGGAGGCCUCGGCUUCCUCAUUUGUUUGGGUCUUUUGUGCCGUGGCUCACAGUUGGCUAAGCACUCCUGCGCUGAAUCGGGCCAUUGUCUGCGCUCCCAUUGCUUUCACGCUGCAAGUCUCGGCGCCCCCACCCCGCCCGCCCCCUCCCCGCCUCCUCCUGGCCGGGGAGCCUCCUAACGUGCCUUUCCCCCCAGGAAUCUGGAAGCUAUAAGCCGGGCGGAUUGCAAAUGAAGUGUAAUGCAUUGUGGGACGUGUGUAAAAUCGGAGCCUUCGCCGUGGGGGGGUGUGGGGGCGUGGGGAGGGCCGGACCCGCCGCUGGCGGUGUAGACGCCGACGAGGAAGGGCUGGGAAAAUGCGCGCCGAGUCCGGCCGGGUCGUGCCCGCCGUAGACGGAUGAAGCCGCGCGCUGCGCCCCGGCGCUGAGGCCCCGAGGAUCGGGGCAGCGGGUCACCCUCCCCACCAUGAAGAAGACCCGGAGCACAACCUUGCGGCGAGCCUGGCCUAGCUCGGAUUUCUCGGAUCGGGCCUCGGACCGCAUGAGGUCCCGCAGCGAGAAGGACUACCGCCUGCACAAGCGCUUCCCCGCGGCCUUCGCGCCCCAGGCUUCGCGGGGCUACAUGACGUCAGGUGAUGUAUCGCCCAUCAGUAUGUCUCCCAUCAGUCAAUCUCAGUUUAUCCCACUUGGGGAAAUCUUAUGCUUGGCCAUCUCUGCGAUGAACUCUGCAAGAAAACCUGUCACCCAAGAAGCACUGAUGGAGCACCUGACCACCUGUUUCCCAGGUGUUCCCACCCCAAGCCAAGAAAUUCUCCGGCACACCCUGAACACGCUGGUCCGGGAGAGGAAGAUCUACCCGACUCCAGAUGGCUACUUCAUCGUCACCCCACAGACUUAUUUCAUAACUCCGUCCCUCAUAAGAACUAACAGUAAAUGGUACCAUUUGGACGAGAGGAUACCUGACAGGUCUCAGUGUACCUCCCCCCAGCCCGGAACCAUCACGCCCUCUGCCUCAGGCUGCGUCAGGGAAAGAACGUUGCCCAGGAACCACUGCGACUCUUGCCACUGCUGCAGGGAAGAUGUGCAUGGCGGGCACGCGGCCACCCUGCAGAGGAAGCCCGCCAAGGACUGCAAAGACCCGUAUUGCCCCCCUUCCCUCUGCCAGGUGCCACCCACUGAAAAGAGCAAAAGUACUGUCAACUUCUCCUAUAAGACGGAGACUCUCUCCAAACCUAAAGAUAGUGAAAAGCAGUCCAAAAAAUUCGGGCUCAAGUUAUUCCGGCUCAGUUUUAAAAAAGACAAGACCAAACAGCUAGCCAAUUUUUCCGCCCAGUUUCCUCCCGAAGAGUGGCCCCUGCGCGAUGAGGAUACGCCGACCACUAUCCCUCGGGAAGUGGAAAUGGAGAUCAUUCGGCGUAUUAACCCGGACUUGACCGUGGAAAACGUCAUGAGGCACACGGCCCUGAUGAAGAAACUUGAGGAAGAGAAAGCACAUAGGAGUAAAGCUGGGUCCUCCGCCCACCACAGCGGAAGAAGUAAAAAGAGUAGGACGCAUCGCAAGUCCCACGGAAAGUCUCGGUCGCACAGCAAGACACGAGUGUCCAAGGGCGACCCAUCCGAUGGUUCCCAUCUGGACAUCCCGGGUGAGAGAGAGUAUGACUUCUGCGACCCUCUGACCCGGGCCCCCCGGGAGGGCUGCUUCAUCAUCGAACACAAAGGUGACAACUUCAUCAUGCACAGCAGUGCCAACAUGAUCGAGUCUCAUUUCCCCAUGACCCCAGAAUGGGACGUGUCUGGGGAACUGGCCAAAAGGAGAACUGAGAUGCCUUUUCCUGAGCCUUCCAGGGGAAGCUCCCACUCAAAAGUGCACCGAAGCCACAGCCAUACCCAGGACCGGAGGUCCCGGAACGAGAGAUCCAACAAGGCCAAGGAGAGGUCCAGAUCCAUGGAUAACUCCAAAGGCCCCCUGGGGGCCUCCUCGCUGGGCACACCUGAGGACCUGGCUGAAGGCUGUAGCCAGGAUGACCAAACCCCCAGCCAAUCCUACAUUGACGACAGUACUUUAAGGCCUGCACAGACUGUCAGUCAUCAAAGGGCUCACAUUUCGUCCACAAGCUACAAAGAGGUGUGCAUUCCAGAAAUAGUCAGUGGCUGCAAGGAACCUUCCAGUGCUUGUAGCCUCCUGGAGCCAGGCAAACCACCUGAGACCUUGCCAUCCUAUGGGGAACUCAACUCCUGUCCAGCAAAGACGGCUGCUGAUGACUAUUUCCAAUGCAACACCUCCAGUGAGACGGUGCUCACGGCGCCAUCACCUCUGGGAAAGAAUAAAGAGGACCAUGACACUCUGACCCUGGCGGAAGGGGUGAAAAAGCUGCCUCUGUCAGACAGGCAAGCCCCACAUUCUUCCAGGGAGCCUGUGGGGCACAAGGAGGAGUCACCAAAGGGGCCAGGUGGAGGCCCAGCCACAUUGGGCACCGGAGCUGAAGGGAUUGCCAAUGGACGCCUCGUCCAGCAUCACAGCACCGAGCCCAGCAGCCUGGACAAAAGGAAAGAGCUAUUCAGCAAAGACACACUGUUCAAACCUCUUCACAGCACCUUGUCUGUAAACAGCUAUCACAAAUCGAGCCUGUCCCUCCUCAAAUCUCACCCGAAGACACCUGCGGACACACUGCCAGGCCGAUGUGAGAAACUGGAGCCGUCCCUGGGGACCUCGGCCGCACAAGCCAUGCCGGCUUCCCAGCGUCAGCAGGAGUCUGGGGGGAACCAGGAGGCCUCUUUCGACUAUUACAACGUCUCUGAUGACGACGAGUCUGAGGAAGGGGCAAACAAAAACACAGAGGAGGAGAAAAAUAGAGAUGAUGUGGGCACCAUGCAGUGGCUCCUGGAGAGGGAGAAGGAAAGAGACUUGCAGAGGAAAUUUGAGAAGAACCUCACCCUCCUUGCCCCCAAGGAAACCGACAGCAGCAGCAACCAGAGAGCCACCCAUUCGGCACGUCUGGACAGCAUGGACAGCAGCAGCAUCACGGUGGACAGUGGAUUCAACUCCCCACGCACUCGGGAGAGCCUGGCUUCCAACACGUCGAGCAUUGUUGAAAGUAACCGUCGUCAGAACCCUACCUGGAGCCCGGCCCACGGUGGAGCUGGCCCAGCCUUCAGUUUCCGAGCAAGUACGGACCCCCCCACCAACGAAGCCGAGAAAUUACAGAAACCUUCCAACUGCUUGCAAGCUUCUGUUACUAGUGUGUGAUAGUCAUCCUGCCUCAGAUCUCCUGUCUCAUUUGAUACGACCAAGUUUACGACACUGGGACUGAUGUUUACGACACUGGGACUGAUGUGACAUCGUUGGGAAGACAAGCAUCUCAGCCACAGUUUUUGUGUUGAUGGAAACUGUGCUGCUAAUAAGUAGGCUAGGGCAACACAACAACAACACAGUCUUUAUUUCAGAGUAUUGCUUUUCACAUGUAUGGCUCUGUAGCAACAAGAAUAGCAGUAGGGGUGAUAUGUCUACUUUUGCUUCACUAAUUGUAACUGAGCACACAUAGGGAAGUCUAGACACUGUAAGUGUUAUAUGCAUUUUCGAUGUCAUGCCGUUGCCAAGUCCAUUUUAAAAUGCCACAGGUGCGUGUUGCCCCCCAGUCUGCGGCCACCCUGUACCGCAGAACUGAUCCUUGACACUUCCAAAAACACAAACAAAGCCACCACAAAAAGGUCGAAGGUCAGGGUCCACCUUGAGGGAAAUCGAUGCCAAACUGACCAGGAGGGCACCCAGCCCUUUGUGUGGGAAUCUCUUAGGCACCAAUCAUUUUGCACUGUGCGUUUUCGUGAGUUUUGCAGGAGCUGGUGGACGUGUGUCGGAAGGGUUCUGAGAUCCAAGUAACUGGGAGUGUUCUGUUUUCAGGAUUUUGCUUUUAAGUGUCAAGAUGCUUGUCUGAUUUUUUGUUUGUUUGUUUUACAACCUUCCAUAAUCACAAACAGGAAUAUAGGCCUUUGAAUCUGAAAUGGACAAAGGAAGAAUUCCCCAGCCUGGCUGGGACGGAGCACUGAGUGAUGGGAGAGGUGAUGUGGACUUUAAAAGGUGUUAAUCAAACAUUGAAGGAAGAUCAUUUCCUCCUUGCAAAAUUUAGGCUAAUGCUAUCUAACUGUAAUAGAUAUGGUAAUUAGUUUGUUUAAAAAGCAAAAUGUUCUUUGUGAUACACAUGAAGACUAUGGCCUGGGCGUUAUUCUUUCUAAUGGAAGGACAUAAAUCUAUUUUAUGUAGUUUUAAAUAGAAUGCCUAAAUUAGGCUGUGGGAGAUCAUUUUUAGUGGUUGUAGGAAAGAGCAAAUUUAGGGAGAGUUGAACUUCAGGCCUUUUAUUCCUGGGAAGAUAUCUAGAGAGAAAACUUUAAAAAUAAUUUUUGAUUAGAAAUAUCCAUGUGCCCAUGUAAUUAACAACAGAAUGUGAUCAUUCUGCAAGUGUGGUGUAAUCCUGACUUGUAUGCCCCUGAAAAUUUAUCGGAAUAACCAUUAUGCAUAUACAUGAACUAUGCCACAGGAAUGUUUACAGAUAACUUCGUAACCAAUUUCAGGAGGCAGUUUUAGGCGGAUGUAUAGUUUUUAGCCCAACUGAUUUCGGAAUGGUUUGUUAACAUUUUUCUUUGGUUUACCAUGUCAUGUUGAGCACAAAGAAGGUCCUCAAAGGGAUUCCAAAUAAUCAAGAUUCAGCCUUCUAGGAAAGGGACAUUCCAAAGUUCCCACGCCUCAUUUUAUCAGAAUGAUGCAAUAAAUCUGCCCAUAAUGGAAAAGUAUUCACAAAAGGGUGACCUGUGACACCAGUAAACAGUCUAACAGAGAGUUUUAUUUAGUUGAGUGGCAGGUGAUAUUUGGAGCCUCAUGCCAUACAAUAAAUAUCUAAAAAAUAAAUCUGAAACAGCUUCACCCCAGACUUCAGGAAUUGGCACCAAAUUUGUGAAACACUUCUACUUCAGUGUUAGGUUGAAUCAGCAGCCAUCUGUCUAAAGAGUGGAGUCCUAUACGCAGUUGGACUAUUUCUUGAAACAUUUGUGUACCCCCUCAUGCUUUUUUCAGAUAUCUGGAAGUUGCAUUGGGUCAAACUGGACUCGGUCAAGUUUAUGUGGAUUCCUUAUUCCUUUUUUGUGCUUACACAUAAGCAUGUUUCUUGGUUAAACUCCCACACCCCUAAAAUGCUGAAGUCAAUUGGCUUUCAGUCCCAUGCCUUAUUUCCUCCAAGGCAUGCCUUGAUUGCUCAGAAAUGCACUCUGUCUCAUUGCUUAAAUUUGUCCAGAAGGAACAAUAACAGAUCCAAUAGACUGUACGCAGAGUCUGUUUCCUUGGGGAGUUGUAUACCAUAGAGUUAUUACUAAAUUAUUCUAAAUUCUUUUUUCCGCCCCCAAAAACCUGCCCUCAACUGUGUAUCAUACUAUCAGUUCAUAAAUAAUAGAACCAUUGAAACAAUAUGUCAGCCUCUAGUUGAUCCUCCUAAAGUAGCCAUUAUAAUCAUCAGAUACUGUGUGAACAGGAAGGGAAAGCAUUACCUUUAAGAGAAGCUUUAAAAUAGGAACUUAUCAAGAUUUCAUGAGAAAUAGGUUUACAGAAGACAUUGUUCAAAUAAAAUGUGUACACUCUUUGCCCGAUGCUAUGGGGUACAUGAUUUAAAAAAAAGCAAAAAACGAAAAAACUCCCUUAGACCAGCAGCCAUUAGCAUAGCAACAAUGGACUUCAGUGAGCGUGUGGUGUCAGCAGACAUUCCCUGCAGAAAUAUGCCUCACUGAAUGGAAUCAGUUUUCUUGAACAGGGAGAAGUGGUUGGCGGGAAGCACAUUACAAAUAUGACCCAAGAUGGUCUGCGGGGACCUCCUCAGUGGCCCGCUCCAAGCUUUGCCCAGCGUCCUUUCCUCCAGGGAAAAGACAGCUCUGUGUCUCACGGCUGCUUAUCUAGACUUCACGUAGAGUUUAUCAACGGAAAAGGUUUACAGAACUGAAUCUGGUUGAAUCUCUGUGUAGCGUUCAACUUUAAAGGGUCAACUCAUCUGUCAGCAUUUUGCACACUUAUGUAUUAUUAUGAUGCAGCAUAUUACUUUAUGGUAAUUUUUAUUUUUACAUAUAACUACCUCCAUAAAUUUGAUGAAGCGGCAGCAGUGCGUUCACGUGUGUUGUUCAGAAAAGCAAAGUUGAAAAUUUUCUUGACCAUUAGGCCAUGGUGUUGUGUGUGUGUGUGUGUGUGUGUGUGUUUGUGUGUGAGUGAUGACCUAUGUGGACUCGUGGCUGUUUCAUUGCCAUGGUUUUCUUUUCCAGCAUUAUUUCACUCUCAGCUGUAAACCUGUCUCUCCUCUUCUUCCCCACGAAAGCGCACUUGAUUUUGUUCUGAACGAGAGGAAGUUUAAAUUUCUUGUCUCCUCCGCCCCCGCCCCUGCCCCAUUCCUGCUAAGAGUUCUCUCUGGCCAAGAGCCAGUUGGUAAACAUGAUCUAGCAAGCUGUUUACUCCUAUACGAAUCUGAUCUGAAUUCUAGGUUCUCGGUCGCAAGACACACAAGAAAUUUGGACUGCCACCUCUGAAGCACUCUGGGCUUCUCCGCCUUCACUUGCAUGCUACCAUAUCGAGCCCAGACUUCAUUUGAAUUAAAAGAGCUGUGCUGUAUAUCCACCGCUUCUGUUCAAUAAUUUGUAUUUCGUUUUAUAUAUUUUGCACAUCUCAGGGGUCCUUCAUGCGCAUAUGAAAAGGGGGGGGGGGUGCCAUCAAAUAGAGGAAACACAUAUAAGAGCCGAAAGAGGCCUCGAAGGACAAAAUAGCAAAUUACUGCUUCUCUGAUGCCGUUGAAGUUCAGGUUCAGGAAGCUUCCAUUGAAAGUUAAUCUGGAGUCACAACGAUCUGAACACCAGCUGUUUCCAGAUCUCCCUUUGUCAUAACCCAACCAGCAUUUCUAAAGUGUGCAUUUAAAUUAUAUUGUGGUCACCAUGGGGAGAAAAAAACAAAAACCUGUUCAGUGAUAAUGAAAGCCUUGUUUGUAUUUUUUAGGUUGGCACAGCUUUGUAAAAUUCUACCCAGGAUAAACCACUUAUUGCCACAAAGUGUACUUGAAAAUAAAGUUUUUAACUUAAAUUAUAGGCAUAUUGCUCAUGAUACAAUAGCGACCAUAUUUUGAAAAAUCUCACCCUUUAUAACACGGGCUGUAUUGGAGCUUAAUUAAAAACCAACAACAACCUAUGAUGACUUUGCAAAUUUAUUUUAGGCUCUCAAAGCGCUUCCAGAGCAGUUGGAUUCACAACUAACAAAGCAGGUCACAUUUGUAAUACCUGAACUUGAAACAAAUAAACAGGAGGAAUGACAUACGAUUACCCAGAAACACAGUGGCAGCUACCAAUGAUCUAUUUUCUAUCCAUUUGAUAGACCAUCAUGAGACAUGACGAAAUACAAUGCUAUUUUUCUGAUGUGUGCUAAUAAAGUCAGAGUUAACAAAUA